AGUUUACUGAAUACACAACAUACAUUUUUGUCCAAAAUUAUUUUCUCAGAGGUUUUAUUAUAAUAUCUCAUAUUGCCGUAAUCUUUAGAAAGCAAGAAAGUUCUCACAACCUAUUUCGAUGGACAAUAAGACGUCAGGAACACGAAAANUUUUACUGAUUGAA